CGUGUACGGUCUUUGUUUGGUUCCAGUUUAAUCGACUUAGACAAGUCACGUGACGUGGUAUCAGCGCGUCUGCAGGCUGGAAGUUCAGCUCAGUGUUGGUCGGACACGGAUCACAGAAAGACCUCAGCAUGGAUUUCAUGACAGAUCGUGAUGUGCAAAAGUACUUAGAGGACGGGUAUGUGGUUCUGGACGGGCUGCUGACCUCUCAGGAGUGUGAUGAACUGAGACAGAGGAUGACGGAGAUUGUGGACCAGAUGGACGUCCCGCAGCACUGCCGCAUCACCUUCUCUACCUAUCAGGAAGAACAGCUCCAAAAACAGGGAAAUGCUGACUAUUUUAUCACCAGUGGUGAUAAGAUACGUUUUUUCUUUGAAAAAGGAGUUUUUGAUGACAAAGGGGAGUUCAUCGUUCCAAAACAGCUGUCACUGAACAAAGUUGGUCACGCGCUACAUGCCUAUGAGCCGUUUUUCAAAAAGGUUACACAUUCACCCAAAGUUCAGGGCAUAUCUAUGAAGCUGGGUCUCAUAAGUCCUGUCAUACUCCAAAGCAUGUACAUUUUCAAGCAACCGGGCAUUGGUGGGGAAGUGACACCUCAUCAAGAUGCCACAUUUCUGUACACGGAGCCUCUGGGCAGAGUUACAGGGAUGUGGAUUGCUCUGGAAGAUGCCACUGUGAACAAUGGCUGCCUGUGGUUUAUCCCGGGCUCACAACACAGUGGUAUUUCUCGCCGUAUGGUGCGGACUCCAGAGGGCACGUUUCCCCUCACAGACUUCACUGGAAGAGAGAAGGCGUACGACGAUGAGAAGUUCAUAGCAGCACCGGUUAAAAAAGGUGGCGUGGUCCUGAUCCACGGCGAGGUGGUGCAUCGAAGUGCUGAAAACAAAUCGGAUGACUCUCGCCAUGUCUAUACAUUCCACCUCAUGGAAUCCCAGGACACCCAGUGGAGCCCUGACAACUGGUUGCAGCCGACGGAUGAGCUUCCUUUCCCAUCUCUCUACACUAAGUGAAGGACUUCUUUGAGAUAUGACUGGGCAGACAAUCACAAGACCCUGUGUUUCCUGAAGGACUAAUCAUUUUGUAUGGACCGUUUUAACCAUAGCAAAUGCCACGUCCUUGUGACUAUCUUAUCUUGAAAGUUCUUGCUAAAUGUAGUAAUUUGUAUGGAGUAUGAAAUUAAUUAUAAUUUUUACAUUUUGACCAAUGUUUCCAUGGGCACUUAAUACAACUGAUACUUUUA